GGCACUCGGCAACAGCGCAUAUAAAGAAGAAAACAAAAAUUUGCUUGUCACUUGAAUUCUUGUCUCUUGAUAAAUUGAUAACAAUAGAAACCCUUUAUUUUCCAUUAAAAAAAAAGUACAUUUUUUCAAAAUGCCAGUCGAUAUUCCAGGGUUUGCUUACGCUACGUUUGUUGCUGCUGGUGGAAUUAUGGGUUACGUUAAAUCAAAUUCGAUUCCAUCUUUGGGAGCCGGUUUACUUUUCGGAUCAUUGAUAGGAUUUGGAGCUUUUCGUAUCUCUCAGGAUCCGAAUAAUUAUGCUCCACUUUUGGGAACGAGUGCAGCUCUUGCAGGUUUGAUGGGAUAUAGAUUUUACAACACUGGAAAAAUAAUGCCCGCUGGAAUAAUCACAUUGUUAAGUGCUGCAAUGGUAGUUAGGAUUGCAGUUAUGCAACUUACAAAAACAUCUAAACUCCAGUGAACUAGCAAAGAAACAAAAUUUCUUUAAGACAUAAAAGACAUUCUUUUUUAUUAUUUGUUAUAAAAGGAUUUUUUUAUCGUUAACAUAGAUUUAUGUUUACAAAGUACUUACCGAAUUGUUAACAUUCUCUUUUCUGCGAUUUAAUGUCGACAAUAGUGUUUUUUCAAAUUGAAUUAACACAUUUUUCUUUUAUAUGAAAAAAACAAUUAAAUUUAUUAAAAUUUAAAUUUCAUAGAAUAAAAGUUAAUUAUUUAAUAA